AUGUUUCAAAACAUUUCAACGUCUAUAGCGCCCUUAAAUAAUAUUAACGAGAACAACUGCUGGGAAAACCGACCCUUUACGUCAGCUUGGCCUGAAACAGUCCCCGAAAGAAAGUACAAAGAAAUUCACAUAACAAAAGUGACAAAAAAGAAAAACAAACGCAACCGAACGGCGUACACGACGGACCAACUGCGAGCGUUAGAGAAAAUAUAUACAAAGAAUAAGUACAUAAAUACAGAACGUCGGAAGGAGAUCGCGAAAUGUCUCGGCGUCAGUGAGAAAUGUGUCAAAGUGUGGUUCCAGAAUAGAAGGAUGAAGGAAAAGAGGGAGUCAUCGGAAGCCAGCUGUGAUUCGUCGAGCGAGCGGUUUGUCAUCGAACCAAUAACACCACCGCCACAAAGCAAUCAAAAUAUAAAAGCAGAAGCAAUUCAUCAACCUCAAUCGAAUCAGAAUAUCUUAGAAGAACCCUAUACCUUCCCAUUCCACUACAACGAGGAAGCUAAUAAUAUUUCUGUACGUCAGUUCUAUAAUAAUUUUGUACCGGAAAUUAAGACUAUUUAA